ACAACCACCAGUGAAGAAAGAGGCCAAACUGGAGGUGUAGAACAAGGAAAACACGCCACAAAAUGGAUCACAAAUGGAUAGCGAAGACGUGGCUGGUGCUGGGGCUGCUCCUGUUGGCAGUGGCACUGCAGGCGGAACGAACAGAGGCCAAGCCGCAGGGGAAGAGUCGCCUGCCAUCCUUCCUUACGGUUUGCUAUCGAGAUUCGCCAACGCUGAAUGAAUGCGCGAGGAAGUCUUUCAAGUCAAUAAAGCCCCGACUGAUGGACGGCAUACCGGAAAUGUAUAUCCCGCAAAUGGAGCCACUGAUAGUGCCCGAGGUGAAGAUGGACCAGGAUUCGGGGGCCAUUUAUCUGCACUCUGUGUACAAGAACGUCAAGAUCUCGGGCAUCUCCAAGCACACGCUGAACGACCUGCGGAUCGAGCCCAGCAAACUGAAGUUUAUCGUCUCCAUGACAUUCCCAGAGCUGCUCAUGGAGGCGGAGUACAGCAUUAAGGGCAAAAUCAUGAUGAUGCCGCUGCUGGGGGAUGGCCACUGCAAGGUGAAUUUGACGAACAUCACCAUGCAGACGGAGCUGUUCGGACAGGAGUACCAGAAGAAUGGGGCCACCCACUUGAAGAUAAUCGACGUGAAGGUUGAGUACAGUCUCUCGAAUGUGCACAUGCAGCUAGACAAUCUCUUCAAUGGGGACGAGGCUCUGGGCAAGCGGAUGAACGAUUUUCUCAACGAGAACUGGAAAUCCCUGGCCGAGGAGGUGCGACCGCUGAUGACCAAGGCGCUGGUGGAUAUCCUGCGCGCCUCUGUCGAUAAGAUGUUCGCGGAAUACAGCUACGACGAGCUGAUGCCCAAGAAGAACAACUGAUCUUAGAUCGUAGACAUCUAGAUAUAUAUCCUAGCUAAUGAUUUAAUCGUAGUGCAAAAGUUAACCUAGAGAUAAAACACACAGUUAAAUGCGAAAUAAAUUAUCAUAAUAAUA